AUGUACAAGUCGUAUACUAAUUGGAUAUGGCACGGGGAGGGUACUGUUAACAUCACUAGUACUGUUAAUACAGAAUAUGAUGUUAAUACCGACAAUGGGGAUAAUGCCGAUGAGGGACGUGGAAACGAAGACAAUGUAUUUGAACUGCUGGAUAAUGUGCGAAUGGGAACAUUCACUAAUGCAGAACAAGCAGAAGAUCCACUUGAAGUUGAUGUGGGAGACGAAAGAUUUAAGAAAUUGCUAAAUGACGCACAAUGUGAAUUGUGGCCAGGUUGUCAGAAAAACUCUAAGUUGUCAGCAAUAUUAAAGUUGUUCCAUAUGAAAGUUGUAGGUCGAAUGACCAACAAAAGUUUUGACAUGUUGCUUAAGUUGCUAAAAGAGGAGUUGCUUCCUGAUGACAACGUGUUGCCAAAGUCAUAUUACGAGACUAAAAGCUUGUUACGUGACUUGGGUCUCGGAUACGAUUCCAUCCAUGCAUGUAAAAAUGAUUGUGCUCUAUUCUGGAAGGAGAAUGAAGGUAAAGAAUGUUGUCCACAGUGUGGUGAGUCAAGGUAUAAAUCUCGCGAAGGUAAAGGUAAGAAAAUUCCUCAAAAAGUUCUACGAUACUUUCCUUUGAAACACAGGCUUCAACAAUUGUUUAUGUCAAGGGAUAUAGCCGUAGACAUGCGGUGGCAUAAGGAGAAACGCGUCAAAGAGACAAAUGUGUUAAGACAUCCAGCUGAUUCAAAAGCUUGGGAGGAAUUUGACAAUAAGCAUAGUUGGUUUGCUGCCGAUCCUCGUAAUGUUCGUCUCGGGUUAGCAUGUGAUGGUUUUAAUCCAUUUGGUAACAUGAGCAAUGCUUAUAGUAUGUGGCCUGUAAUUAUUGUGCCUUACAAUUUGCCACCUUGGAUAUGUAUGAAGGAACCAUAUAUGUUUAUGUCAUUGCUUAUUCCUGGUCCUAAAUCACCUGGUAAUGACAUUGAUGUGUACCUGCGACCGUUGAUCGAUGAGUUGAAAGAAUUGUGGAUGGAUGGUGUGAUGACAUAUGAUGCCUAUAGCAAAUCUCACUUUAACAUGCAUGCGGGGUUGAUUUGGACUAUACAUGAUUUUCCCGCCUAUGCGAUGACAUCCGGAUGGAUGACAAAGGGUUAUAUGGCAUGUCCAAAUUGUAACAAACACACAUGUUCUUAUUAUUUGAGUCAUGGAAAGAAGAUAUGUUACUUGGGAGCUCGUAUUUUUUUGUCAUCCGAACACGCUUAUAGGAAGCGUUAUAAGCAAUUUAAUGGUGAGAAGGAAGAAAGACAGCCACCAAAGCAGUUGACUGGUGAUGAUAUUCUAGAACAACUUAAUCUCAUACCCGAGGUUAGAUUCGGAAAAGGACCAAACAAUAAGAAGCGGACUCGUGGGAAGGAGGAACUUUUGGACAAAAAAGAGUAUAUUCUUUGA